AUGAAUCUCCCGGCGAUCCCUCCGCUCGCCUGCGCCCUCCUCCUCCUCCAUCUCAAUGUUUCUCCCGUGGAAUCGUCCCCGCCGCAGGGGCUUGGGAAGGGGCGCCACCCGCCCGGAAAGGGGAACCACCACGGCCAUAACGGGCACAGCGGCGACGACGGGCACCAGCACGACCACUCCGACGACUACAAUGGCUACAGCUUCUACGUCUUCGGCGACUCCUUCGCCGACAACGGCAACCUCGUCAAGAUGAACCCUAGAUCCCAGCUGAAUCGCCAGUGGCGCUAUCCCUAUGGCUUAUCCGGCCGCUUCUCCAACAGCUUGGUUCAGUCCGACUUUAUCGCCUACAUGCUAGGGCAGAAAAAGUCCCCUCCGGCGCACAGGCUCACGCGCAAGGUCGGCCGGGCAGGCUUGAACUUCGCCGCCGGCGGCUCCGGCGUGUUCGACGUGCCGGGCACCCAGACGCUCGCCAGGCAGAUCCACACCUUCCACAAGCUCGUCAAGGACGGGGACAUCGACCAGGACCGCCUGGCAUCAAAAUCCGUCGCGCUCGUCGCCGUCUCCGGCAACGACUACGCUGCCCUUCCCGCCGACACCAAGAGCUUCGCCGAGGUGGAGGAUUUCGCCAGGAAGGUGGUGGAGGAGAUCGCGUUCAACGUGCGGCGCCUGCAGGACAUUGGCGUCCAGAAGGUGCUCGUCAACAACCUCCACCCUUUCGGCUGCUCGCCGUCCGAGACCAGGGCCUUCAACCACACGCGCUGCAACGAGAGGCGCAACCUGGCCGCCACGCUCCACAACCACCACCUCGCCAACGAGCUGGCCGGCAUGGAGGACGUGCUCGUAGUCGACCUCAACGCCGCCUUCAGCAACGUCGUCCGGCACUACAACGACGAAGACGGGGGCGGCGACAUCAUUCCCAAUCUCUUCAGGGAGAAGCUGGCGCCGUGCUGCGAGAGCACAGACCCCAAGGGGUACUGCGGGCAGGUCGACACGGAGAAGCUGGAGCCCCUCUACAAAGUGUGCGACAACCCCAACUAUUUCUUCUUCUGGGACGAGAUGAACCCCACCAUGGUUGGGUGGCAGGCCGUCAUGGGCCCGCUCGACUACCCCAUCAGGAAGUUCUUAGGGCUCAUUAGGUAG